AUGCCUUCUCCCUCCAACCCCGCGCUCUUUCGGCCCACCAAAGUGGGGUACAACACGCUCGCACACCGCGUCGUGCUCGCGCCGCUCACUCGGAUGCGCGCGGACGCCGAGCACGUACACGGCGAGCUCGCAGUGGCCUACUAUGCCCAGCGCGCCCACGUACCCGGCACGCUCCUCAUCACCGAGGGAACGUACAUCUCGCCGAGGGCCGGCGGCUACCCGCAUGUGCCAGGCAUAUGGAACGAUGCGCAGAUCGCGGCGUGGAAGCGAGUGCGUAUUCGUACAUCUGGUUACGGACGCCGUGCACGAGCGUCGCUGCUACAUAUUUCUCCAGAUCUCCGCGAUGGGGCGGAUGGCCUCCCAUACGUCGCCCCGUCGGCCAUCGCGCUCUCAGGGCAACCGAGGGCGCCCCGGCCAUUGACGCUUUCCGAGAUUCAGGAAUACAUCGAGAUGUACGCCACUGCGGCCUCGAACGCGGUGCAUCGCGCGGGGUUCGACGGCGUCGAGUUGCAGGGCGCGAACGGCUACCUCGUCGACCAGUUCCUGCAGGACGUGAGCAACGAUCGAACGGAUGCUUACGGGGGCUCCGUCGAGAACCGCUGCAGGUUCGCGCUGGAGACCAUCGGCGCAAUCGUGCACGCCGUCGGCGCACGCAAAACCGCCCUCCGUGUCAGUCCCUGGAACAAAUUCUUAGACAUGGGCAUGGAAGACCCCGUGCCCACGUUCACGCACCUCGUACAGCGUCUUGCGGAUGCGCAUCCAGACCUGGCGUAUCUGCACGUCGUCGAGCCGCGCCGCCGGCCAACCGAUAGCCGAGGUGCGCAAAACAACUCCCUCUCGUGCGUAGAGCGAAGCUCACCACCUCAGUCAAACGACUUCCUCCGCUCGUUGUGGGCCCCUCGCCCCCUCAUCAGCGCGGGCGGCUAUACCGCGAGACAGCACUCGCCACAGCGGAGCGGACUGGGGAGCUGA